AUGCCCGGAGGUCUCCUCCCCGGGGUCAAGGCUCCCAACUUCGAGGCAAACACUACCAUCGGCCGCAUCCGUUUCCACAACUAUCUGGGAGACUCAUGGGGCAUUCUCUUUUCCCACCCUCCGGACUUUACCCCAGUGUGUACCACGGAGCUCGGCAGAGCAGCAAAGCUGGCACCAGAAUUUACUAAGAGAAAUGUUAAGAUGAUUUCUCUUUCCAUAGACAGUGUGGAAGACCAUCUUGCAUGGAGCAAGGAUGUCAACGCUUACAACGGUGAAGAGCCCACGGAAAAGUUACCUUUUCCCAUCACUGAUGAUAAGAAUCGGGACUUUGCCAUCCAGUUGGGCAUGCUGGACCCAGCAGAGAAAGACGAAAAGGGCAUGCCUGUGACUGCUCGCGUGGUGUUUAUUUUUGGUCCUGAUAAGAAACUGAAACUGUCCAUCCUCUACCCAGCUACCACUGGCAGGAACUUUGAUGAGAUUCUUAGAGUAAUUCUCUCUCUCCAGCUGACAGCAGAAAAGAGGGUGGCCAUCCCGGUUGACUGGAAGAAUGGGGACAGCGUGAUGGUCCUUCCAACCAUCCCUGAAGAGGAAGCCAAAAAACUUUUCCCUAAAGGAGUCUUCAUCAAAGAGCUCCCAUCUGGCAAGAAAUACCUCCGCUACACACCGCAGACAUAGGCUCGCCACAGAGUUGGUUCUG